GCGCGCGCGCGCGCGCGUGCUGCAGCUCCAGCAGGUGUGGGCGGCGCCUGCUUGUCACUUCCAGAGGAAUGAAGCCCGUGUUACGUCAAAGGGGCAAUAAAACGCCACCCUUCUGCUCUCUGCUCUCACUCCUCCGAGCGCCACACGCGAUGAAGCGCCGCGGUCCGGCCUGAACACACCGACCACAAAGCAGCCGCCGGAGCCCGUGACGUGCCCAGAAAACAACCGCGCGUAAUUACGCACACAGCGAACGACGCGGAAAAGGAACAAUGAAUGCCACGAGCGCCAUGGAGGUGAGCGCCGAGGCCAGGCGGAUCCUGGCCGUGUCCAUCAGCAAGCUGUACGCGUCCCGGUCCCAGAGAGGCGGGCUGAGGCUCCACCGGGGCCUCCUGCUCUCCGUGGUCAUGAGGUCUGCCCGGGACAUCUAUCACUCCUCCCGGGAGUGCGACGAGCAGUGCGGCGCGCGGCCGACAUCGGAGGUGCUGAUGGAGACCGGCUGCGGCCCGCAGGAGCAACCGGCGCUGCCGGAGCCGGAGCCCGAGCCCCAGCCGGAGCCCCAGCCGGAGCCCCAGCCGGAGCCCCAGCCGGAGCCCCAGCAGGAGCCCCAGCCGGCGGGGAAGUCGGAGGAAUCGGACAGCGAGGACGACCUGUCCGACGGGGAGACCGCGGAGGACAAAGAGAACAUUGGCCCCGCGAGGCGGUCCAGGAAACGCCGGGGCAAGGCGGCGGCGGCGCCCGACUUCCUUCCCAGCAAGAGGGCGAGGCUGGAGCCCGGGGAGGAGAGGCACGCCGCCGCGCCCCCCAGCAGCUGCCGCGCCGCGGCCGCGGAGUCGCUGGCCGCGCUGUCGCUCAACGGGGUCCCCGCGUUCUGAACACACCGACCUUCCAAGCAGACGGCGAGG